AUGUCGCGAACCUUCCUUUGACCGCCACGUGUCAGUCAUUUAUCCAACGAUUCGUCAAGCCUCCGGUUUAUACCGUCUGAGCCGGUAGUUUCUCACAAAUCAUAUGGCUCACUCACUUCUCCCUCUAUAUAACCAAAACAUCUCUCACUCUUCCAAAAAGAAAAAAAAACUCUCUUCGGAAUCUGAAAAGCCAUAAUUAGUAGAAAAAAUCUUAAGGAUCGAAAUUUAUAAAAUCGGAUGAAUAGAGUGAUUAAUCAGUUUUCCGGUAAGUUGAUGAAGGAGAAGAGUGUUACCGGUAGUAGCGGCGGAGAUACAACGACGACUUUAAGAUCUGCCGUCAAAGAAUCGGUCUCGUCGCCGCAGAGUGUGUCGUCGUCGUCGUCGGUGAGGAGGCUUAAAGGAGAUCUGGAAUCGAGUCGAUUUGGUGCGGCGGCGAGUGAGAGGCUGAGACAGGCGGAGGAAUCUUUGAGGACUGUUAUGUUUCUGAGCUGUUGGGGAUCUUGUUAGAUCUGGUUAAGAGAAUAAUAGAAAAGAAAACGAAACCAAAACAGUUUGUUGUUUGUGUUUUGAGUUUGUAUUUUUCUUUUCUUUGUGAAUAGCUUUUUUUUUUCGUUUCUUUGUAUUUUGUGUAAUUGUGUUUGAUGUAAAUCAUGUAUAAAAUGAAAAGUAAAUCGAUGAAGAUAAUGGUUUGUCUUCACCAAAUCAAGUA